AUGAGAGCCCAGCCAGAACGGAGGAACGGUGCAAGCAGCACCCCACGCCACACACUGCGCAACAGUGAGUAAUGGCAUUAUAUCCGAUUGGGGGACCUUGGCUACCCGUCCACAGGGUCACGAAGAGGGGAGGGGGGGGGCUGCUUACAAUGCGGGAGAGGAACGGGCACACUUAUCGCCAUUAAGAGCACAGACACAUGCCACAUUCUCAAGGCUGGACUACUUCCUACUGCCCUACCACAGCUUAUCCCUCCUAGAAGAGGCAGAAAUUCUACCGAUGACCUGGUCGGACCACAACCCAGUCCGCAUACGGCUACAAUCCCCGCUUUUCAGACCCUGCCAAGUUUCCUGGAGACUCAACGAGUCCAUCUUAACAGAUCCCACACUGGUGUCGAGGACCAUGCAGGUCAUCCAGGACUACUUCAACACCAACGAAAACAUACGAAAGCAGUGACGGAUCUCAGCACGGACAUAGCCCAUCUGGAGAACCAACACAAACGGACACUGGAUGCCUCAACCUAUAGGGAUCUUCUUCACAAACGCUCCCAACUCACCGAGCACAUGAACCGCUCCAUCCAACGAUCCUUCCAGUACUUCUGA